AAAAAAAAAAAAGGAAAAACAACCUAAAAAAGAGAGAGGCGUGUACGGUAGCCCGAACACUUAUAUAUAUACAUCAAUUGACAACCAUAACAAAAAUAUUUCCGACGUGAUGGGGUCAGAGACGGUGACAAAGAGAUAAAUUAAAGAAAGAAAACUAACCUCGUGGUUAAAAACAAUGGCUGUCAAGCACUACAUCUCUUUCUCACUGGUCUUUCUGGCAACGACCACCGUCCUCCUCGCCGGCAACACUAACGGUCAUGGCCUCCUCCUCCACGGCCACGCUCAUGGCCUCCGCAUCGGGAAACGCGACCUCUGCCGAAAAGCGGACUACAAGCCCCUCUGCCGCUCAAUCGUGAGGGGGCAAAGCGACGCUCGUGCCGCCGUGGGGUCGGCCAUUUACCAAUUGAUUUUCCAGAGCCGUCAGGCAAUGAGGUUGGCUGAUAGGCUAGGGAAGUCCCCGUACGCGAAAUCCUGUAAAGAGAACUUCGACGAUGCCAUUUACAACCUGAACACGUGCUUACAAAACCUCAGGAAACGUGACAAGGCCAGCCUUAACAUCAACCUCUCCGCCGCCCUAAAUGACUACGUCACGUGCGACGACACAUUCUCUGAAUCCGGCAGGAGUAAUCCCCUUGGCAAAACCGAUGCGCUCUUGCGUCACAUGGCUAGCAACUGUUUGUAUCUAUCAACUCUGAUUCACUGAUGAGGAAGAGGAAAAGGAAAAAAAAAAAAAAAUCUUCUCCAACUUUCUUUUCACCGUAUUUCUUAAUGUACCAUUUUUGCCUUUUAUAGAAAAACCAUAUCUGCAACCAUUAAUUGAGGCAUGCAUGUUGUUGGGGUCCGACGAAAAGUCGACCGUUACGUGUUUCAAAUGUUGUCUCAUUAUGCAUGCUAAUUAAUGUGAUUUUCGAUGUAGCUAGUUUUAAUAAAAUCUCCCACGCGCCGGUCUAAUUGCACCAAUUGCCGAUCCGGUUUCUAUA